UGAAGUAGCAGUUAAUAUCAAGGCGCGUUGUAGAGAAAGCUAGCCAGCCAAGAGAGACUAGUGCCGGUAGAUUCGAGAAAAACCUACUCGAUUCAUUCCCUCCUCCGCACAUCCUCCCUUUUCUUUCUCGCCGGACGUCUAGUCGGAGGCAUACCAUCUCGAGAGGGAAAAGAAGGAAAUCAAGUGUGUUUGAGGAGGCUUGAUGGGGCGGAUCAGCGUAGAAGUAGGUGAAGCGGUGAUCGCGUACAGUCUGAAGGAGGCGUCGAAUUGGUGGGAAGACAUAAAUAAAUCUUCAUUAUGGCAGGAUCGCAUCUUUCACGUCCUCGCCGCCCUCUAUGGUCUCGUCGCCAUCGUUGCCUUGGUUCAAUUGGUGAGGAUACAAUUGAGAGUUCCAGAAUAUGGUUGGACCACGCAGAAGGUUUUUCAUUUCCUCAAUUUCCUUGUAAAUGGGGUUCGAGCACUAGUUUUUGUUUUUCGCCGAAAUGUACAACAGUUGCAUCCACAGGUCUGCACUAUUGUCCAACAUAUCCUGCUUGACUUGCCAAGCCUUGCUUUCUUCACAACAUUUGCGCUUUUGGUUCUGUUCUGGGCAGAAAUUUACUAUCAGGCACGUGCUGUAUCGACUGAAGGACUUAGACCGAGUUUCUUUACGAUCAAUGCAAUUGUUUAUGCAAUUCAGAUCGUCAUCUGGUUUGUGUUAUGGUGGAAACCUAUCCCUGUUGUGAUCAUCGUCUCAAAGAUGUUCUUUGCAGGAGUAUCUUUGUUUGCAGCUCUUGGCUUUUUGCUUUAUGGUGGGAGGCUUUUCUUGAUGCUGCAGCGGUUCCCUGUAGAAUCCAAAGGUCGGCGUAAAAAGCUUCAAGAGGUUGGCUAUGUAACCACCAUAUGCUUCUCAUGUUUCCUUGUCAGAUGCAUUAUGGAGUGCUUUAAUGCAUUUGAUAAAGCUGUUGACCUUGACGUCUUGGAUCAUCCGGUCUUAAAUUUCAUAUAUUACCUGUUGGUGGAGAUAUUGCCGUCUUCUUUGGUCCUCUUCAUUUUGAGGAAGUUGCCACCAAAGCGUGGUAUCACUCAAUAUCAUCCAAUACGUUAAGGACCGCGUAGCAUGCCAGCAUGAUGGAAUUGUGGUGACAUCAAGACUGUUUAUACCUUCGAAGGGAAUAGAAGCGAAAGGGAGGAACAAACAUUGAACAUUCUGUUUGGAAUUUCAAGCUAAUCUUGUGGAUUUUAUAGUCGGUUUGUUUUCAAAAGGCAUCAUGAUAAAGUUGUAAGAAUGACCUAAAAAUAAAAUUGUGAAAUAUGUUGUGAAAGUGAGAUGAGUUUGUCACUUUUUAUCUCUGUUGUUUUCUGGUUACACUAAACUUUCAGUUAGCAAUGCUAAUGCUACUGACUGGAAAGAAAUGAAGAUCUAUUUUUGGUG